AGUCAGUGCGGGGACUCUGUGAGCCGCAGAGGAGCUCUACGCCUGGAGCAGUUGCAGAACCGAGGUCAGCAUCUGCGGUUGCCAGGUAGGCGGAUGCGAGAGGCCCGGUCUUCCUGAUUCUCUGGAGGCCACCCCGUCGCCGCUGGCACCAUGCUGUCCCCUCAGAGGGCUUUACUCUGCAACCUCAACCACAUCCACCUCCAGCACGUCUCUCUGGGCCUGCAUUUGUCGCGCCGUCCUGAGCUAAGGGAGGGGCCCUCGAGCACAUCCUUCCCCCCGGGGGACGCAGGGGGCAAGGAGAGCCGGGGCCGCUGCAGCGGGACCCUGGUGGAUGCCAAUUCCAACAGCCCAGCGGUGCCCUGCCGAUGCUGCCAGGAGCACGGGCCAGGCCUAGAAACCCGGCAGGACCCAGCACAGGAGGAAGAGGGGGCUGCCUCUCCCUCGGACCCGGGUUGCUCCUCCUCUCUCAGCUCCUGCUCAGAUCUUAGCCCUGACGAGUCCCCCAUUUCAGUCUACUCGCGCGACCUCCCUGGUGGCCAAGAUGUCCCCCCUCAGCCUAGCAUCACCCCCCCGGAGCAGGGCUCCCCUCUGGCCUCCGCAGGCCCUGGCGCCUGCUCUCCCGACAGCUUCUGCUGUUCUCCCGAUUCCUGCUCCGGAGCUUCCUCCCCACCCGGCCCUGGCCUGGACUCCAACUGCAAUGCGCUGACCACCGGCCAGGACCUGCCUUACCCAGGGCUGGAGGAGGAGGAGGAGGGUGGGGAGCAGGACCUCCUGACCUCCGAGCUCUCGGAGGCCGACGACGGGAAGACCCACCCUGGGAAAACCGAACCCAGUUGGAAAAUCAACCCCAUUUGGAAAAUUGACACCGAGAAAACGGAAGCUGGCUGGAAAAUCCCCGAGGACAAUAACUCUGGUUGGAAAAUCGGUGGGAAUAAUAACUCUAGUUGGAAAGCGGAGCCUGGAAAAUUAGACUCCGGUUGGAAGACCAAUACAGGAAUAACUGAUUCUGGCUGGAAGACAGACGCAGGGAAAAGUGAUGGAGGCUGGAGGAGUGACGUCAGCGAGGAGCCGGCGCCCCACCGGACCAUCACGUCCUUCCACGAGCUGGCCCAGAAGCGCAAGCGGGGCCCGGGGCUGACCCUCGCGACGCAGGCCAAGAAGGACCGCAGCGACUGGCUCAUCGUCUUCUCGCCCGACAGCGAGAGCCCCCCCGCCGGGUCGCUGGGCGGCUCCCCCGCGGCGCCCCGGGAAGUCACCACCUUUCAAGGAACUGCGCUACGAGAAAAGAGAAAGCCGGGGUGGGUAGCUAGAUGACGAGGAAUAAAUUAAAUGCUCCCUCUUUCUCCCGCCCUUCCUCGCCUGGCUGCCCAUCCGCUGCCCUCCUCUCCCUUCGCACCUGCCCCGCCAAUCCCGCCUGCAGCCCGUCCCCUCCUGGUCCCUCGGCCCCUGGUUUUCCGGUUCUCGGCCGACGGGCGCCCCCUGUUGGAGGGUGGGGGCGCGGGCACGGCUGGGUCUCUGCUCCUGGCGCCUCUGGCGGGCUGGCCCGGCGCGGGGCUGCGGUUGCUGGGGGCGCCCAGUCCCGCGGAGGAGCCGCUGCUGCCUGUGCGCCUGUCCCCGGUGGGAGCCUAUUCGCCCCCGGCGCGCGGGGCCCUGUCCUGCCUGGCCAGCCCCGAGCUGGCGCUGCUGCUGUCCCCGCUCUUUCCCAGAAGCAGCACCUUCCCCGCCGCGGCUCCCCCACCCCGCCAGGUACCCGCCCCCCCGCUGCCACCGCCACCUCGUCCGCCGAAGGCCCCUCGCUGGACCAGGAGCCCACCGCCUCCUCUCAGGCUACUCCGCAGUUCCUGGUCCUUCGCCGGUGUCCCCGGGGCCCAGCGACUGUGGAUGGCAGAAGCCCAGAGUGGGACCGGCCAGCUGCAGGAGCAGAAGAAAGGUCUCUUGAUAGCCGUCAGCGCCUCCGUGGAUAAAAUCAUCACGCACUUUGGGGCCGCCCGAAACUUGGUUCAGAAGGCCCAGUUGGGAGACAGCCGGCUGAGCCCAGAUGUGGGGCACCUGGUGCUGACCACCCUCUGUCCGGCUCUCCAUGCCCUGGUGGCUGACGGGCUGAAGCCUUUCCGAAAGGACCUCAUCACUGGGCAGCGCAGGAGCAACCCCUGGAGCGUGGUGGAGGCAUCGGUGAAGCCAGGCUCCAGCACCCGGUCCUUUGGAACCCUGUAUAGCCAGGUCAGCCGUCUAGCCCCGCUGAGCAGCAGCAGAAGCCGCUUCCACGCCUUCAUCCUGGGCCUCCUCAACACUAAGCAGUUGGAGCUGUGGUUUUCCAGUCUGCAAGAAGAUGCAGGCCUGCUGUCCCUCCUGUACCUGCCCACUGGAUUCUUCUCUUUGGCCCGGGGUGGCUGCCCUUCCCUGUCCACAGAGCUGCUGCUCCUGCUGCAGCCAUUGUCGGUGCUCACCUUCCACUUGGACCUGCUCUUUGAGCAUCACCACCACCUGCCCCUGGGCCCACCUCAGACUCCUGCCCCCCCAGGCUCACCGCCAGCCUUGCAGCAGACUGUGCAAGCCAUGCUGCACUGGGGGGGUCGGCUGGCCCAGAGCCUUCGUGGGGCUUCUGAGGAGACCCCUCCAGGCCCUUCAGCCCCCUCAAGCCCUCCCAAACCAGGCAGCUGGUGGGAGCAGCUGACCCAGGCCUCCCGGGUCUAUGCCUCUGGGGGCACGGAGGGCUUCUCCCUUCGUCGAUGGGGAUCCAGGUGUCCCGGGACUGUGGCUGAGGAAGCACAGGAGAGAUCGUUGCCCACAGAGGACACGGCACCAGGCAGAGGCGUGUGGCUGGGAAGACUGUUUGGAGUGCCUGGGGCCCUCACAGAAACUGAAAGUGGAACUCUAAAGUCCAGGAGACCAUCCAGCUGGCUGCCUCCUACAGUGAACGUGCUGGCUCUGGUGAAGAGGGUGGCACCUUCUGAGACUCCCAGUUCACCGGAGGAGCUUGAGGCCUCAGCACCCAGCACGGUGCAGACCCAUCGGGCAGUCCGUGCUCUCUGUGACCACACCGCUGCAGGACCUGACCAGCUGAGCUUCCAGCGUGGGGAAGUGCUGCGUGUCAUCGCCACUGUGGAUGAGGACUGGCUCCGCUGUGGGCGGGAUGGAAUGGAGGGGCUGGUACCUGUGGGGUAUACCUCUCUUGUUCUCUAGGCCUAGGACCUUUUUCCUUUCCUGCAUAUCUCUCUCUCUCCUGUCACUUUGGAAUGGAAUGGCCUGUGAACACGAACCCUUGUAAACUGAUUUUCCCAGAAGCAUUUUCCCUGUCUGUAAAAGGAUACUUUCCUCCCACAUCCCUUUCUACUAAGAUGUGAAAUAAAUUUUCCUACUUCUCUCCCAUACCCAUCUGUAAGUUGAAAUCUGCUCUUCUUCCAAAUAUAUACAAAGCAAUUUUCCUCCAUGCAGUUUCUUUCCUCUUCCCCAUCUGCACAAGGGAAUAUCUCCCUAUCUGCAAAAUGGAAAUCUAGUCCCCAUCUACCUUCCUGUGUAAGUACUCUGCUAGUACAGUAUAUGCCUCAGUUCCCAAGACUAGAGGGUCUCUAGUCUCCUUCAUGUGUAUGAAUCUUCCCCCACUUCCCCCAUCCCAUGUUGCCAAUAUUUAUUAUGUACUCAUGUUGUACUAGGUGUUAAAGUCUGGAUACCCCUGGUGGGUGGGCCUGUGAUGUUGGAUAUGUCUCCUUCCUCUUUUGUCCCAAUAAAGUGUGGGAGUUGAA